GAAUGGGAAUGAAUGAAUAGAUAGACGCAGUGCGUCUCUUUUUUCGUCAUGCAUCCGGCCGUCGCUUUGUGACAAGCAGCGCAGCGCAGAUAGAAUACGGCGGCGAUCGCAAUUGCUCAGAGUAUGUGUAUGGCUGUGACAAUCAGAAAAGUGUGAACGACUGCCAUAAAGGAGUCUAUACAUUUUUGACUAAAUUCUCUUUUUACAAUUUGACCGAUGGAAUCAGCCAUAACAAAGCUGCAAUUAAAAGCUACUCUGAGUUUCAUGAUGGUGUUUUGCUGAAAGAGUCGCCGUGUUGAUGUAGGUUUGAUCGCCUCUUUCUGAAGUUUCUCUACUGAACGUCAAUUCUUCCACCGGAAUCGGCAAAGAUCGCUCCCCUAAAGAUUCGGCCUGAUUCCUCGAGCUCCCGUGGCUCUGACCAAGGGGUAGGGAAUCAUGUCAGCAAUGUAUUCAACAGCAUCAUCUGCCUAUUCUUCUGCACCCAAUAGCAUGGGUGUUGGUCCCAGGCAGAGAAGGACCAAACGAAGAGCGCCAGUUCCAAACAAUCAAUCAGGACCUUGGAGGGAUUCAUCCUGGGUCCAGAGUUUCUCUUCCCAAGGACCCAGCCCUCUAGGAAACCCCCAGGACCUCAAUCCAGCAUUUGCUCUGCGGAAGAUUGUUCUUCUUCUGGAGAAAGAGAAAUAUGUUGACGUCUCGCAACUCAUCAACCAGCUCAACAAUGUUACCAUCAAGUCUGUCCUGCAUGAAUUGCCUAUUCAUACGUUUAUUGAAAACAUCCCAGAUUCCCUUGUCGCAGUGGAGAGUUUGUACUCUAAACUGUUUGUUCUAGACCCAGAGAGCUUCCCUGUGGAGAAGCUAGCUAUUGAAGCUACAGUUUUCCAGAUUGUCCGACACUUAGCCUUGGCAGACUCUAUGCUUGAUGGUGGCUCCCAUGAAGCAAAUAAUGAAACGAACAAGUCUAUUAGAAACAUCUUACAAAUUGUCCUCUUUGUCAAGCCAGACAUUGUUUCUGUAGUCCAUGCUCGGAAAAAGAUGAUGGACAAUGCCCUCCAAGGAAUAGGUGAGCACAGCCUGGUCAAAGUCGCAGGAUCUCUCAUGAACCUUCAUGAUGGUCUCAAAAUUGAAUUUGAGAAAACUACUGCUUCCUACAAAACAGCCAUUCAGCAGCUUGAACAGCUGAGCCUCUCCAACCCAAAACCGGUCACUCUGAAAUCAUUUGCAAAUCGAUCACUUCCCUCUGCAAACCAUCAAGUCCUGAUGACAUACACUGAAGGAGAAAUCCAAGAAAGGCUCUUCAAGAACAAGACUGUGUUGAAUGCUGUUGAAUCCAAUAUGACCAGUCAGCUUCCACACUUGAUCCAGAACCUCAAGGAAAGGAUUGAAAAUGACAAGAAUGCACUUUUGGCAUUUGGGAGAUUACGCCGGGAGAUUAAGGGCAUAGCUGGUGAUGCCAAAGUAGCACCUGUACUGACUCAGUACUCAAAAAGUCUCAGGUCUGUUCUAGAAGUCUUCAAAGUUCUCUUGGAAGAGCAAUACCCAGAGAGAAAGACACAUAAUCUCAACUUCUCAGACCAUGAUGACCAAGUCCUAAAGUUGGAAGAUGUCGAGGGAGUGCCAUCUAAAGAUUCUGCUAAUUUGGAUACAGAUAGAAGCAAUUCUACUGAUUUUCAUGCUGGUAUAUCAGAUGCUGACAUACCACCCCCACCCAACUAUUCCCCACCUCCAAUACCCUCCAUGACUCCGCCCACUUCACCCCACUCCGAGACAGAGAUGGGGAACUCCUCGAUGCCAUCCAAGGAGGUUCAGCGUAGACGAGCCCGAUCCCGUGAUCGUAGCAGGAGGAAGAAAGCACCAAAGUCGAGGGCAACGUCGCUGGAUCGAAGUCAGGUGGUGAUAUCGCGGCCAGAGAGGGAGAGCGUUGAAGAUAGUAGGGACUUUCAGGUGAUGAUGAAAAGGAUCAAUUCUGUUUCUGCUUCUUCACCAGCCAUAGGGCGACGUGGGCUGGAGAAACGAGGAAUCAGUCCAAUGCGUAACGGAGCAAGAAGUGGUUCGGUUUCUCCAUCAUCGUAUCGACGCCAUCUCCUCGGAGAAGAUAUGCCUCUUUCUGAACUAUCGCAGAUUGAAAAAGAUCAGCUUAAGGGAGAGAGUCGGAGAUCAUCCUUGUCAUCCACCUCGGACAUUCAUAAGUCUACCAAUUCAUCCCGUCGCCAAGCCAGGCCAACCUCCAUGUAUGUGACUGGGUCUGUAAGCCCUGAUGGCGAUGAUACUUACUCAAUGCUUAUGGAUGAAUCUUCUAAGAGAGAAGCUGUGGAAAAAGAGAGAGACAAGGUUAUUCGGAUGCAUUAUCAUGCGCAGACUGAACUGCACAAGACUAAAGAGGAUCUCCAUACAGCAUUAGAGAAGAUCAGCAGACUGCAAGAGAAUGAGAGAAGAUUGAAUCAAGAAGUAACCAAGCUCUCGUCACAUCCUGGUCUUACCAACAACAAUGACCCUAAUGUUGUGAAGUCCAAACGGACCAUCGUGGGUGAUCUUCUGUACGAGUAUGACAAGCUAUUUACCAAUGACCGUGCCAAGGCAUGGGUGUCUCUCAACCUUAUGUCUGAGCAGAAACAGUUUGAGGACAGUGAUGACCUGAAGGACAAAGUUCUCUUCUCUGUCAUUGUGCUUGCCUUCAGGACUGCCAAGAAUACUCUAGACUCCAUUCAGGGUGGGGUCCAGCAGCUACUGAUGAACUCAAAUAAACAGGCAAAUGGUGACGCUGGUGGUAACCAUGGCAACAACCAAAGCAAACAAAAGACAAAUGGAGAGUUGCUUCAGUUCCUAAGAAGGCUUGGGGAGGGCUAUGACCUGGGUCCACUGGUAAAGGAUGUGGGAAAACAGCUGUUCACUGCCCUCUACGACUACCCUAAACUGAAGACGUCGGCUGAGCUUGGUCGCUUCAUUGAACGCUGCGUGUCAUUGGCCUGGAGACUGACCAUCCAGGAUCCACCACUGACCAUCACCUACGACAACAUGACAUUCACCCAGGACGUUCACCAGAGGGCGCCAGCCACGAACAAGAGAUCAACAACAAUUAGAUCAUAUCUAUGGCCUUGUCUUGUUGAGGAGGGUACAGGAAUGUGUGUGUAUAAAGGAGUAGUCCUGACCUGAGUCAUCAAGGAUAUUUUAAUCUCUUGCUACUAACCUCUGGGAAGAUUUCCUGAAAGGACUUGUUGGAUGGUUUACCCGACAGAUAUUUUUUUAUCAAACAGUUACCAUAGUAACAGUCAGACACCUGUGCUUCUCAGCAACCAAAAUGGAAGAAGUUUGUUGAAUCUGACAAGUUGACAGCCAACAAACAUUGAUGAAAUGGUCUCCUGAACGUCACUAAAUGGGUACCUCACGAUCAUGACAAUCAAAGUGUAUCAGGAAGUUUUUUUACUAUGGAAAAGUCCACCUUACAUUUACAAUUUUCAUUAGAGAUUUUCCUAGUGUACAUUUUUUCUUCUCUUUUUGGUCUUCUGUGUAUUUAUGUAACUUCUUCUGCUGCCACUUCUUCAUUUUUUUCUUCCUCUUCUUCUAUCUCUCGAGUCCUCUCUUACACUUUAAUCUUCACCUUUCCUCCUAAUUUACAUACAGCUCAAUUGGUAAAUUGUUUUAUUUCCACCCUAUGCAUUAUAGUCUACACAUGUGACUUAUUUCUCCUGAAUCCAUCCUUAAAUCCAUGAUGUUUUCUAUCUUUUGUGAUUUAUGAUUAAUUCAUGUCCAUUACCAGUAAUUUUACAAUACAUAUCAUCGGCGAUCACAUGAAUCUUUAUAUCAGUAGGUUUGGGGUCAAAACAGAAAUUUUGAUAUUUUUCCAGAAAGUAAAAGAGGAAGCAGUAUUAUAUAUCGCAAAAUAUCUUUCUUUUUUUCUGAGACAUAAAUGUUUUCAAUGCAAGGGCAUAAAAUUCAUUUUUCCCAUCGACAGCGUGUACUGUAAUAAAGUCAUACAACAACUGGAUGCAUUUGAUAUGCAAAUUUUUCAUCGAGACCUCAACUAGCUGAUGUAUCUGUCUAUAUUGUCUUUGCAAGUACAAGAGUGAUACAACAGUUUGGAUGGAUGUGCAGUCAGUAGUGUUGUAUUGCCAAUUGCAGAUUUGCACACAGAAAUGCUUCCCUACUCAAACUGAAAAUUCAAUUAUUUAGCUAAAGCUCUUGCAAUUUUCCUCAAAUUCCCAAAUUUGAGGUAAAUAAAGAUACAAUUACAAAAUUUAAGAAGUGAUCUUGGGAAGUUUCGGAGUGCUAUUCACAUACAACGCCAAUAUGAUUCUGUUUUCUUUACAUUAUGUUUCACACUACAGUAUCACAAUACAAUGGUUCAUGUGACCGCCGAUAAUAGAGAGAAAUAUAUCUUCUGAAAUUAGCUCUUUUGAAAUAGAUUUAAUGAAAUCUAAUCAAAAAUGCAAAAGAACACCUUGAUAGAUGCAUGUAGUGCCUUUUUAUAAUCUCACCAUCAAAUGCUGCUUAUAACUUGUAAAAAUCUAUUUUUACAAUCUGUAUGAAUAUAAAUACAAUGAUACAAUAUUUUUAUGGGUAUACAGAAACACAAGUGGUGGAAAGAAAUAAGUAAGUUUCUUUUAAUGAUGAUCAUUUUACUUGUAUAAAACCUGCACGUCAUUAGUCCUUUCUCAGAUUUGCUAUACUUAUCAUGAAUGAACAUGUAUGAUCUUCCAAGCUACUUAAUGUGUGAAAUUCUGUAUGCAAGAAACUUAGUUAUACGAAAUACUAUUGGCAUUAUCUUGUGUUCAAAUAUUUUCAAAUUACAGGGUAUUUGUGUGUGAUACACUUAUUCUAAUCCAAAUCAAACCGGUUCCAGUAUAAAGCAAGAACCUGAUUGACACCAAAUGAGGUAUCUUUAUUAGCGAGUAUCCCAUCGAUGUAUAAACAUUUCAAUGACACUAACUGUCUUAAUUCUCACUGUAUCAGGGAAAAUGGUACUCAAUUAGAAUGUUUUACACAUGUGUGACCAAAAAAAGUACUUUUCACUUGAUGUACAUAAUACAGUUUUUGGUGUUAAAAAUGCCAUAGAUGCUAAUUUCCCUCACCCCUGUUUCAGUGAAGUAAUUGUAAGCUAAUAUUAUGUAUGCAUCUUUUGUAUUGUAGUAUCUCAUCAUUCUUUAAUUAUUUUGAAUGGCAGGUUCUGCAAAUAUUUACAGGAGUGUAACUAACCAACUUUAUAUUUGCUAA